AUGGCUACUGAAGAUGAUAACUUCGAUAUUGAUAUCUAUGGUGAUGGUGGUGGAUAUAACGCCAAUGAACAGGGCGGAGAAGAUGAUAUCAAGCAUGAUGACACCGAGCUCAUCCUAGACGCUCCAGAGCAUCCCCAGAAUGCCGCUCCUGCUCAUGGCGAUGGCGCUGCAGACACCAACGCGCAGCAGGGGCAUGCCGAAGGUACAGAGCCCAAUGGGGAACAUGUAACACAAUCAAAUGCGCAGCAGCCAGCGGUAACAGAGACGCCAGCUCCCCCGCAGGGCGUAAAGCGCAAAGAGCAUGACGACCGUCCAUUGGAUCCAGAUGCCACACCUGCCCUGCUUAUCUCUGACCUGUACUGGUGGACCACUGAUGAUGAUAUCCGUGGUUGGAUCCGUGAGGCCGACUGCGAGGAUGAACUUAAGGAUGUAACUUUCAGCGAACACAAGGUGAAUGGCAAGAGUAAAGGCCAAGCUUUUAUUGAAUUCACUACACUUCAGGCCGCGACUGCCACCAAACACAAGCUCGAAUCCUUCAGUAUGACAGGAUCGUCAGGACGGAAGUAUUCUGUUAACUAUACCAACCCCCAACCAAACCCUUUCCGCACACUCCCGAAGGAUGCGCCUAUGCGAAAGGACAACCAGGCUCGGUCGAUGUCCGGAGGCUUCAACUCGCCUGCACAGAACAUGAACUUCGGAAUGAACAACAUGGGUGGUGGUGGUGGUGGUGGUGGCGGCGGCGGUGGUUUCCGUGGCGGCCGCGGCGGUUUCAACUCCCGGGGUGGUAUGAACAAUAACAUGGGAGGUUUCAACAACCGGAACUUCCAGAAUCCAAUGGGCUUCCAAAACCCGAUGGCUGGAGGUUUCGGUGGAAAUCCGAUGGGAGGUAUGCAAAACUAUGGCGGCUUCAAUAACCGUGGAGGCAUGAUGGGCGGCAUGCGGGGUGGACCCGGGGGUAUGCGCGGCGGCCGUGGAGGCGGCGGUAUGGGGGGUCCCAACAUGAUGGGCAUGCCGAACAUGAACCCGAUGGGUGGUAUGGGCAUGAACCCGAUGUCUGGUGGAAUGAACCCGAUGAUGGGCGGCAUGGGAGGGAACAUGGCUAUGCAAGGUAAAGGCGGCUUCCAAGGCCCUAAUCCGGCUUUCAAUCAAAACUUCUUCCCUCCUAACCAAGGGGUCGGAGGUGAUGGAUCAUGGAACCCCCAUGGCGCAAAGCGCAGUCGACAAGAGUAG